AUGCUUUCCGAUCGAGCAUUCAAUCCGGACUAUGAUACUGUUCUCCGUCUUUUUCGAAAAUACCGUGAGACUGCACUUGGCAGUCGUAAUGGAAAAUCGAUGUUUGAGCGCUUAAGGUCAAUGCGAGUGCAUGAGAAAGUUCCACAAGCACGCGAGUUGUGUUAUAUGGACGCUUCGGCUUCAUUCGAACACCUUAACAUGUCGAUUACCCUCCUCUAUACUAGCUGCGCGGUCGGUGCCCUUCCGCUCGGACUAUUUAUUACUUCAGACGAACUCGGAAUCACAUUAGAAAAGGCGAUAAAUUUAUUGAAAACGAUUCUUCCUGGAUAUGCCUUUUUCGGACAUGGUCCACAAAACGCGCCUGGCCGCUCGCAAGGUAUAGGAUUCUUGUUUCUGAAGGGUACUAACUAUAAUCAAACUCCGAAUACCUUUACUCCUUAUCUGGCAGUCAGUCUGGGGCUCUCUUUAUUAUCAACCAUCUUUAGCCCCUGUCCAGAAGUCAAGAAUUCUUACUUUAAUCGCAAGUCUGCGGAAUGGGACAUUAUUGGGUUCUUGGAUGAGGAUAAAGAGAAGGUGCCACUCGAACAGAAAUUGGAUUCAUAUAUCAAAGACCUCAGAGUCCUCGCCAAUAUUGAGCAAGGCAAGCGACAAGAAAAAGCUCAGCUACUUAUCGCUGAUCGUCAAAGAGCGAAAGAAUGGUAUACGUCGACCAGAACGGCUAGUAAUAGACCCUCGGUUAACUUUCACAACUCGAAAGUGGGUGUUGCGAUUAUUGGAAUAUCGAGCGGAGUCAAUAAGGAGUGUGGCAUCGGUUUGGAGAAAAGGCCUCGCAGCGUGAUCCAUGAUGAAAGCGACAGUGACGACUCACCAUGUGAUUCAGCCAAAAGACGAUUGACUCGUGAGCUUCGCAAGGAGGUAAAAAAAAAUGAAUUGCAGACAAGCGUUUCGGAAUCAGAUGUUGACGAAGACGAUGAAUCGGACGUGACUGGAAUUGUGCCACAGUCUAAAUGGUUCAUAAACGAGAUCGAUGUCUCGGAAAGGUGGCAUCAAUUUAAACAGAGAUCAUUGAAAUUGGCAAUGGAGAAGGGGCUUUUUGCAGAGAGCCACACGCAGGAAAUAUUGUCCUUGUCACACGUUCUCCUGCUAAAACCAAAACAACAUUCCUCAUUAAUGAUGGUAGUUUUCAGUACUGAAUUAUUGGAGAUGAUGCACAAAGACAUGCUGGAGAGAUUCACUGAACAGGAGACAGAAUUUGACUUCGAGAUUUUUACAAAACUUACACUGAUUGUCAAGCAACUGCGGAAGGGAAAGGUCACAAGGAAUAUUGCAGUUACAGAACUUCAGACACUCAUGAUCGGUCGUUCUUAUGGAGAAGUGUCUAUUUUAAAGGCCAUCAAAAACAUUAUAGAAAGAGUUCCUACAAUCACCUUGAGCAGCCCCCUUGGGGAAGUUGAACUUUGCACUACAUAUAUUGAUCCAGUCCUGAGUCCAAUUAUCGCAGACCCUGAUCAAAACUGCAGGUCAAAUAAAGAAGCGCCCGAGUCAAAGGCAAGGAAGUUGACGGGUAGGGCGAAACAAUCCGAUGCCAUCAUAAACAAUAUUGAACAAUUGUCUUGGGGUUCCAGUAUGGGACAUGGCGAGGCUAAGGUGAAAGAGGAAGCAAAUAAUCUCUAUAGCCUCAGUGCCGAUCUCAUCAGAGUUGCUGUAUUCAACAAAGACGGGAUUGACUUUUACAAAAUGCGGUGCAUGUUUGGGUUUCAAGUAGUAGGACAACAUAUUUCGUUCUACCUCACUACUCUCUUGUGCGAUGGUCUAUAUGUUAUGGCGGAGAUCGGUCAUCUCGACGUUCCAAUGUCACUCGAACAAAUUCCUGCUUUCCUUUCCAGCCUUGACACGCUUCUCAUCACCACCAAUGCAUACUGGGCAAAUUGUCAGAAGUCUAAUGCCGCCGUUGAAAUAGAAUCAAACAAGCGCAAUACCCUCGCUACUCCAAAUUUCAAGGAGUUAAUUGCAAGCAGCCGGGACCGGCAUCGUCCUU